AUGACUAAAUCAGUAAAAGUUAUCAUUGUUGGCGCAGGUGUAUCGGGAUUGAAAGCUGCUGAAACGUUGAUAUCAUGUGGCAAGCUUGGCAAGGACGACAUUGUUGUCCUAGAAGCACAGGAUAAAGUGGGUGGUCGAAUCCAAGAUUCCAAGAUUGACCAGUCCAAGCUAGGAAUUCCAUAUGCUCUAGGUGCAUUAUGGUACCACGAUUCAUUGGCGAAUAGCGUAUUAAAGGAAAUGCUUGAAACUGGGUUGUUAAAAGAGGAGGAUAUCUACUAUGACGACAAAGAUGGUCCAACAUACACCAGCGAGGGCCAGUUGGAUGUAUCAGGUCUAAGGCUAAACAGAGUACUCGAAGAAGUCAUUCAAUUCUUCCACUUGUAUUUCAACACUGAGCGGCAAAAUAUAUCAUGUGAUGAAGUGGUCAAGGAAUACAUCAAAUCCCAUCUGUUUUUCCUCACAACUGAGCAGAAGCAGUAUAUCAGGAGAGCAAUGAGAUACUAUGAACUCUGGUACGGGGUGCCAGCAGAGACCGCUGAUGGAAGAAUGGUUUUGGAAACCCACCAAGGACGCAAUAUAUUAAACAAAAAGGGCUACACGUUCCUUAUAGACACUUUGUUAGAGAAAAUUCCCGAGUCCAGUAUCCUUUUGAACCAGCCAGUAAAGUCAGUGACUCAACGUGGUGGCUCUACAAAGAGGGUUGUGGUGGGGACAAAGUCGGGCUUGGAGAUUGAAGCAGACUUUGUUGUAGUAACUGUACCUUUGUCAAUCUUGAAGUUGAAGGCUGACGAUGAAUUUGGAAUCACUUGGAACCCCUCAUUACCAUCGAAAACUCAAAACUUUAUAAAUGCAGUAGACUUUGCGGCUCUAGGGAAGGUCAUUUUCGAGUUUAAUAAUGUGUGGUGGAACCAAGACGAGGAUCAGUUUUUGAUACUCCCAGAUGAAAUUGAGUCCAAACAUUGGUUUAAUGCUGAUGGUUCACCCAGACCAUUCUCAUUUCCUGCAUUAGCAGUGAACUAUUCAAGAUUGUACAAUCGGGGUGGAAGUUUGGUGAUUCUCACACCAGCACCAUUGACCGACUACCUCGAAUCACACCCCGAUCAAGCUUGGACUUAUUUCAAACCCAUGCUUGAAAAGAUUGCAGUCAACUCGGUAGAGGAUCCAAUAAGUACAAUAACUUCGUCUUGGACUUUAAACCCAUAUAUUAGAGGCUCAUAUAGUGCGGUGCUUUUUAAGCCAACCAAUUCCGAGAGCAAGAACCCAGAUGAUCUAGAGGGUUUAGAACUUGGAAAUGAUGUUAUAAGAUUUGCUGGUGAGCACACAGUUACUGAAUGUUCAGGGUGUGUUCACAGUGCUUACGACAGCGGUGUCAGGGAAGCAAAUUGGAUUUUGAAUGCCUUGCAAGAUUUUACACCUAAUUUAUAA